GAGGGCGCUGUACCGCCAUGUAAUGCUGGAAAACUUCGCACUUGUAGACUCCAUAGGUAAACCCCCGAGUUGAGUCCUCCAUUGGAAGCAAAACUGGGACCAGGACCCUCUGUCUCCCGGCCUCGUGUGAUCAUCCAACUGCAGCGUGGCGAGGAACCCUGGGUUCCCAAUAGGACAAUUGCAGGCCCAGGCAGGGGCACCCACAGGAGAUCCAGCCUUGGUGAGUUGGGCUUCACCUAGGAUGUACUCAGGGCCAACCUGGGCUACUACAUUCUCUACUUCCUGGUUUUAUAAACACCCUCCUUUCCUGUCUAGAGACAACUCCCUUCCCUUUCUGAAUCUUUUCCCUCAUCUUGUGGCCUUUCCUGCCCUUAAAGGAAAAACUUGAAGGGCACAGGUGCUGUGUCCAUGCAGGAUAUAUUACCCUUUUGAACCACAUGCACAGACACACCCACCAGCUGGGUUUCCCCAUUGAGCUGUCACAUCUGUAGGGUCAGUCCUUCUUCUCAACUGUUGUUUGAACACUUCCUGGUUGGGCUGUUCCUGGCACUGUGCACACAGCAUUGGCCAGGACACUGCUGAGUAGUAUAGGGAGAAUGCCUGGGAAAAGCAGUCUUCAACAGGAUUGAUAAAUAGUGCAUAGACUGAAGGGAUGAACACAAAGAGAAAGGAGGUUAGGGAGUGAGGCUUAAGAGAAAGGAACCAGGACAUCCAGUACAGAGGUCCUGACCAGAGAGGGCUAUAGCUAUUAGGACAGACUCUUUCCUACCAACUUCUCCCAGGGCCAGCCCACGCUUCUGGUUUUUUGUUUGUUUGUUUUUCUUCUCCCACCCUUUACACUUAGUUCAUUAAGGUUCCCUUGACUGCCCAGGCAGUUUGCUGUGGUCACUUUCUGACCAGAUGACCCAGGUAACUAUCUUUCCUCUGCCUUCAGGAUCCAAUUACAGUGCAAGGGACAGACAUGUGUCUGGAGCAUCUCCAGGGGCCACCUGUGACAGGCCUGAUAGGAUAUCUACUAGUCUCCUUCCUCCUGCUGGUGCCUACCCUGAUGCAAAAAUUCUGGAGGGACACCAAAGUGCCUGCCCAUCUCUACAGAAAAAACCCACAGGGGUAUCAGUGAUUUACUGGGAGCAGCUACUGCUAGGUUCUAGCAGCAGUGAGGCAACUGUCAGCCUUCGAUUGACCUCCCCAGUAGGGGUUCCUGAGAAUGGUUCAUCUAGAGUGAAGGCCUUCUCUGACCUCCUGGCCCCAGGGAAGCAGCCACGGGUAGCAGAGCAGCAAAAGCCAGAGAUGCAGCUAAACCCUGGGAGAACUUUCCAAAGUAUCCCAGAUCUCCACGAGGCUGAGGAGGGACAUGGGAUAAGUGGGGCUUGCCAUGAGUCUCAGGGAGACCCCAGUGUUCCAGAGGCCCCGAUAUGGGAUGAGCUGGGAGAAGCCCUCCAGGCCGGCCCAGGUCUUUUCUCUGGGGACAAACCUUUUGAAUGUAGGGCGUGCAACAAAGUGUUUGUGAAGAGCUCAGACCUCCUAAAGCAUCUGCGCACUCAUACUGGAGAGCGGCCAUAUGAGUGUGCCCAGUGCGGCAAGGCCUUCAGUCAGACAUCUCACCUGACUCAGCACCAGCGCAUCCAUAGUGGUGAAACGCCCUAUGUGUGCAUGGUGUGCAGCAAGGCCUUCCGACACAGCUCCUCACUGGUGCGCCAUCAGCGCAUCCACACUGUCGAGAAGACAUUUCACUGCAACGAGUGUGGCAAGGCCUUCAGCCAUGGCUCCAACCUCAGUCAGCACCGCAAGAUCCACGCAGGAGGGCGUCCCUAUGCCUGUGCACAGUGCGGCCGCCGCUUCUGCCGCAACUCACAUCUUAUCCAGCACGAGCGCACGCACACAGGCGAGAAGCCCUAUGCCUGCUCCCUCUGUGGCGCAGCCUUUAGUCAGGGCUCCUCGCUCUUCAAGCACCAGCGUGUGCAUACUGGAGAGAAGCCUUUCUCGUGUCCACAGUGUGGCCGUGCCUUCAGCCACAGCUCCAACCUCACACAGCAUCAGCUGCUGCACACUGGCGAACGUCCCUUCCGCUGCGGCGACUGUGGCAAGGCCUUUGCCAAGGGAGCAGUGUUGCUUAGCCACAGGCGCAUCCACACCGGUGAAAAGCCCUUCGUGUGCACACAGUGUGGCCGCGCUUUCCGUGAGCGCCCUGCCCUCUUUCAUCACCAAAGGAUCCACACAGGAGAGAAGGCCCUGCGGAGGCCCAGGGGCAACAUGCACUCCCAGGUCGGGUCUCUUGGGGCAUCCUUAGACGGUACACAUCCAAAGGCCACUUUAGACCCACCAGCAGUCCCAAAUAUUGCUGAGGCCUAAGGUCAUAGCUGUGCUCUUCUCUGGAAUCCCUUUCACUCACUGUGGAAGAGCCUGGGUUCUCAGCAAAUUCACUGCUAUGUGAGCCAGAUACAAGGAGGACUUGCCAGUCAAGUCAGUUCCAUUUACAGCUAUAUCCUGAAAGAAGCUGGAGGGGAGGAAUCUGUAGAGUGCAUGUACCCCCUGCACUGGUGGGGCGGGCAGCGACUGCCCCCAGAACUUGUUAGUGGGUGACCCACAGACUUUGAUCUCCAUGUUGAUGCCACAUCAGUGUUUCCUGACUAUGGCUAUGAAAACAGGAAAAGAGCACGCAGGAGGUGGGAGCUCUCAAACUAGCAGCUGGAGACACAGCCCCAGUGCACUCCAUUUCCUUGGUGCAAGCCUCAGGCAAAUAAACAGUUUGUUUCGUAACUUCAGCUUUUUCCUCUGGGAAGUGAAGAGGGAAGGAGCUUUGGACCAGUGGAAGGUGAUGCUAUAAAAUAUUCUAGCAGCUGGAUAUAGUGACAUAUGCCUUUAAACCCAGGACUUGGGAGGCAAGGGCAGGUGUGUCUCUUGUGAGUUUAAAGCCAGCCUGGUCUACAUAGUGUGUUCCAGCUCCCAACUAGAGAGAGUUACACAGUGAAACCGUCUUUAAAAUAAUGUAAAUGUUCCAAUAGGAUCCAAAUAAAGUCCAAGUAGACUCACA